AACUCAGCUGCAACUUGCUGUUGAGCACACAGAAGGAGCUGAGCUGAGAAGACAUCACGCCGACAGAAGACAAGAUGUUUGCACAAAGACAGACAUACCUGGAGAACGCCCUCCUGCUGCUUCUUCUGACCUCAGCAGGACAAUCAGCGAUUCUGACUGACAACCUCCAGACCACAGCAACUUCCGCUCUGUCGACCUCACCUCUGACUACACAGCUCAACAACAGCACUAUGGAGAAACCUCGGGUUCUGCGAUCCCACCGACCAUGUAGAAGUGAACAUGCAAACUACUGUGAAAACGGUGGAGAGUGCAUGUACCCUCAAGACACCGACGAGCCUUCUUGCAUCUGCACGUCCUCGUUCAGCGGGCGCCGCUGCCUGUUCGUCAAUGCACAAACUCGCAGCCUCCCUGAGUUGGAGAAAGUGAUUGGCAUCAGUUUUGGGGUAGUCAUGCUCAUCAUCGUCCUGGUCGUCAUCAUUUACUGCUUUGCUUGUAAGAGGUGUAAAAAAUCAGCUCCACUAAUAAAAUCUGCACUGUCUGAGAUAUCAGUGUGACCUCCUACAACUCAUCUGCCAUUUUCACUAUUUAUAAAUAUAUCAUAACAUUUCAUCAUACUGUAAAACCCAUAGCUGUGGACAUGAUCUACACAGAAUUCAAGAUACUGUAUUUUUUUUCCCUUUCUUUGACAUUUGAUGUUCAUAAAGUAAGGACAAUUAAGUUUGAGAUCAUUCAACACGCAUAGCAAAAACUAAACUGUCUAUUUAUGUUAAACAGGGUCAAGUAUCACUUAAUUGU